ACGCCGUGUGUACCACCCAACCAUCACGUCACCAUUAACUUGGUACCCGCCCUCUUGAUUCUCCUCGCUGCACUUCAUCAUCGCGGAGGCGGAGCACAGAUGCACGGCAGAGUCUUUGCUGUUGCUUGCAAGCAGCAGCAAACCGCCACUCUGCCCAGACACGCCGGGGCAGAGGCCAGAAGAAGCGGCGGCGGCGGCACAAGAGAAGAGCAGGAGAGAGAACCACCGCCACCACCUCCACAUCCACCAGAAAGAACACGCCGCGCAAGAAAGAAACAGAACCAGAAAGCGACCGAAUCGCUGUAGCCUUUCCUAUAGGAUAGGAAGCAGGAGCACUCUGUCCCGUGGCAGCCCGUUCGCCCGGAGGCCGCUCCAUCGGUCCAUCCAAGCCGCUCCACCGGUUUUCUUUCCCUCGAUCGCGCGCCGCGCCCACCGAGCAAGUGAGCAACUCCUCCUGACCUGACCACCUCCUCCUCGCGCUCGCUCGCUCCCACCGCCAGCUAAUAAAUAAUAUCGGGCGCGCGCGCGCGGUGCUUAGCUCUUAGCUAGCGCACCGAACGCCACGAAGGGCACUGCUAGCUCCUCCUUCCCCGUGCUGCGGGCGGUGGCAAUGGCGGCCGCGGAGGUGCCGCGCGCGGCGGAGGCGCUGCUGCUGCUGCUGCUGCUCUGCCUCGCGGGAGGCUCGUGGGCGGCGAACGUGACGUACGACCACCGCGCGCUGGUCAUCGACGGCGUGCGGCGCGUUCUCGUCUCCGGGUCCAUCCACUACCCGCGGAGCACCCCCGACAUGUGGCCGGGGCUGAUCCAGAAGGCCAAGGACGGCGGCCUGGACGUCAUCGAGACGUACGUUUUCUGGGACAUCCACGAGCCCGUCCGGGGACAGUACGAUUUCGAGGGGCGGAAGGACCUGGCUGGGUUCGUCAAGGCCGUCGCCGACGCCGGCCUCUACGUGCACCUCCGCAUCGGGCCAUACGUCUGCGCCGAGUGGAACUACGGAGGCUUCCCGCUAUGGCUGCACUUCCUCCCCGGGAUCAAGUUCCGCACCGACAACGAGCCCUUCAAGGCGGAGAUGCAGCGGUUCACGACCAAGGUGGUGGACACGAUGAAGGGGGCGGGCCUCUACGCGUCGCAGGGCGGGCCCAUCAUCCUGUCCCAGAUCGAGAACGAGUACGGCAACAUCGACUCGUCGUACGGGGCGGCCGGGAAGGCGUACAUGCGGUGGGCGGCCGGGAUGGCCGUCUCGCUCGAGACCGGCGUGCCCUGGGUCAUGUGCCAGCAGUCCGACGCGCCCGACCCAGUCAUCAACACCUGCAACGGCUUCUACUGCGACCAGUUCACGCCCAACUCCGCGAGCAAGCCCAAGCUGUGGACCGAGAACUGGAGCGGCUGGUUCCUCUCCUUCGGCGGCGCCGUCCCCUACCGCCCUGCCGAGGACCUCGCCUUCGCCGUCGCGCGCUUCUACCAGCGUGGCGGCACCUUCCAGAACUACUACAUGUACCACGGGGGGACCAACCUCGACCGCAGCUCGGGGGGUCCCUUCAUCGCCACGAGCUACGACUACGAUGCUCCCAUCGACGAGUACGGACUAGUCAGGCAGCCAAAGUGGGGACACUUGAGGGAUGUGCAUAAGGCAAUAAAGCUCUGCGAACCAGCACUCGUAGCAACUGAUCCAUCAUACAUUUCUCUGGGUCAAAAUGCUGAGGCACACGUAUACAAGGCUGGUUCAGUUUGCGCAGCAUUCCUUGCCAAUAUAGAUGCUCAAUCUGAUAAAACUGUCACCUUCAAUGGCAAGACAUAUAAGCUCCCUGCAUGGUCUGUCAGCAUCCUUCCUGACUGCAAGAAUGUGGUACUGAACACAGCUCAGAUCAAUUCGCAGGUGACAAGUUCGGAAAUGAGAAGUUUGGGAUCCAGCACCGCAUCAGAUGACUCGUCCAUCACGCCAGAACUCGUGGUAUCUGGCUGGGGCUACACCAUAGAGCCUGUUGGUAUCACAAAGGACAAUGCAUUGACAAAACCUGGACUGAUGGAGCAGAUAAACACCACGGCAGAUGCCAGUGAUUUCCUCUGGUACUCAACAAGCGUUACUGUUAAAGGUGAUGAACCUUAUCUAAAUGGCAGCCAGUCCAAUCUGCUUGUAAACUCACUUGGACAUGUUCUUCAGGUUUACAUCAAUGGAAAAAUUGUAGGAAGUGCUUCAGGCAGUGCUAGCAACUCGCUCAUCUCAUUCCAAAAACCAGUUACACUUGUACCUGGGAGGAAUAAAAUAGAUCUUCUGAGUGCAACAGUUGGCCUUUCGAAUUAUGGUGCAUUCUUUGACCUGGUAGGUGCUGGAAUUACUGGCCCAGUAAAACUGAGUGGACCAAAUGGUGCGCUGGAUCUGUCUUCUGCAGACUGGACAUACCAGGUUGGACUGAGAGGAGAAGGCUUGCAUCUGUAUGAUCCUUCAGAGGCUUCUCCAGAAUGGGUCUCAGCCAAUGCUUACCCGAUCAAUCAACCAUUGAUCUGGUAUAAGACCAAAUUCACGGCUCCUGCAGGUGACGAUCCUGUUGCCAUAGACUUCACAGGAAUGGGAAAAGGCGAGGCAUGGGUGAACGGGCAGAGCAUUGGUCGAUACUGGCCAACAAAUCUGGCUCCACAGAGCGGCUGUGUUAAUUCAUGCAACUACAGGGGAGCCUACAGUUCGAACAAAUGCCUCAAGAAAUGUGGGCAGCCAUCACAGACUCUGUACCACGUACCACGUUCGUUUCUCCAACCAGGCAACAAUGAUCUAGUCCUGUUCGAGCAGUUUGGUGGUGACCCAAGCAAGAUAUCCUUUGUGACGAGGCAGACAGGAAGUGUGUGUGCACAUGUAUCAGAAGCACAUCCAGCCCAAAUCGAUAGCUGGAUCUCUCCCCAACAGCAGGAGCAGAGACCUGGACCUGCACUUCGCUUGGAAUGCCCGAAAGUAGGCCAGGUCAUCAGCAGCAUCAAGUUUGCAAGCUUCGGGACACCGAGCGGCACAUGUGGGAGCUACAGCCAAGGCGAAUGCAGCAGCUCGCAGGCUCUCGCAGUUGUUCAGGAGGCCUGCAUUGGGGUGAGCAGCUGCAGUGUGCCAGUGUCGUCGAAUUACUUUGGGGAUCCAUGCAGAGGGGUCACAAAAAGCCUUGUCGUGGAAGCUGCAUGUUCAUGACAUGUCCGGUAAAUGUUGGCUAGUAGGAAGGAAAAUCAGUUGGAGGGGGGGUGAAACCUUCUCUGUGUAGGUAUCCCCUGCAAAAAGGAAUAAAUGUUCCCAUGCUGAUCAAAAGGAAUAAAUAUUCCCAGAAAUGCUACAUGAAAGCUAUUAGAUGGUAAGCUUAGAAAGGGCUGUGCUUGUUGAGAUGAUAAAUUCAUCCAUCUUGACAAAGAAGGUGAUCCUUUUGUAAUUCUUUUUUUCAAAAAAGAAACAGAAUACUGUGUAUUUCAAUCAAGUAGAAUUACACUUCCUCGCAAAAAAAAAUGAAUUACACUUGCAAGGUUAAACAAA